AUGCAGGCGCUUGCAGGGUACGCGACCAAGUUCGAGGUGGUGCGGGCAGGGGCGGGCCAGGUCGUCAAGAAGGGCUCGACCGUCACCGUCCAUGCUACCGGCACGGUCAAGGAGUCGGGCUACAAGUUCUGGAGCACCAAGGACCCAGGACAGUCUCCGUUUGAGUAUCAGGCGGGAGUCGGGGGGGUCAUCACAGGAUGGGACCAGGGCUGCUUGGGCAUGGCACUCGGCGAGAUUCGCCGCCUCGACAUUCCCGCACACGAGGGGUAUGGGGCGUCAGGUUUCCCAGCCUGGAAGAUUCCUCCGAACGGGAGCCUCAUCUUCGAGAUUGAGGUGCUCAAGAUCAAGUGA